CUAUCAGGGGAGGAGUUUUCAUUGCACGCUGUGUUUUAAAGGUUUUCGUGAAUUGAACUUUCGUAUUGUAUGUUAUUAACAAUGUAAAUAACGAUUUGAAUUGUGUACUGAAACGGUAGUACUUUUCAGAAGUUGCACUGCUGUCAAAGCUCACAUAUUUAAAAUCGUGUGACUCCCUUCCCAAAAAAACAGACCAUCAGCUGCUCCUGGCGCCCCUUUCUAGUCCAUAGUUAGCCGAACCCAAGUGUUCCCCUAACCUCUUCGCUGGCUGGGCUGUGCCCCGCUUCUCUUUCUUCGUGUUGGCAUGCAGUGAAGAGUCAAACUACAGGCGUUCAGGCAAGAGUUGAGACGAAAAGUGACAAGUUAGCGUUGAAGAGAAAUGGAAGAUGAAGACACAAAAAACGAUGAGGGUGCAAAGCAGAAGAAAAGGAUUCUCCCUGCUUGGAUGCUGGGAGGACCGGUAACUCCUAGAAGAAAAACACCAGUGAAACGACUGAAGAGAAAUAAGAAUUUAGAAAAAAAAAAUGUUUCUCAGACACCAGCAGGAACAGUUGUGUACUGUUUGAAUGAAGCUGAACUGGUCGAAUCUGCACUUAGCAUCCUGAAUGAGGUGGCCAAAUCAAAAUGGAAGAAUGAUGAAUCUGGGGAUAUUGUUGCACCUGAAGCAGAGUCCAGUGAAAAAAUUCAUGUAUCAGAAUCUGACUUGGAAAGUGAGCAAGACAACUCUGAUCAGGAAACAUCUGUUUUGAAAUGUGUGGAACAUUCUGCUGCAGAAUUACAGGAUAAGAAACAGCGCAAACACCCAACAGAAAUACUCUGCCCUGGGCUGAACUCUCUUAAAGUAAAUCAAUCUUUGCAUGAAAGCGUCGACUUUACCAGAAAUGAAAGAAAAGCAGAUCAUGAUGAUGAUGAUGAUGAUGAUGAUGAUGCAAUGAAACUUGUUAGAGAGAUUUUCUUUAGCUAAGAGUACACUAUAGCAUAUCCGGGCUUGCUUCUGUUCAGAAGGAAAGGAAUAGCAAAACAUUUAAAAAAGAAGAGGGUUUUUUUUUUUUACUGAAGAGGUUUACUUUUUUUAUAUUUUUUUCUUACAUGCUUUCUUGCAUUUAAGAAUGCUUUCAGGUGUUCAGAAUGUAAGUUAUGAAAAAGUCUAUGAUACUUAUGUCUACUGCUUCAUUGUAAACAUUGUUUUGAAGGGAAAACAAAGUAUAUUUUAUAUAUUUAUGUAUUUAUUUAUGUUUGUCCCAUCUUGGAGAUUUUUGGCAUCUCUGUUCUUGAAUAGACAGACAACAGCAGGGUCAAAGAGAGUAAAAAAAAAGCCUGACACACACACACGCUUGUGUGUGUGUGUGUGUGUGUGUGUGUAUAUAUAUAUAUAUAUAUGUAUGUAUACACACAUACACAUACAUGUGUGUGUAUGUGCACACUAGUCAUACAACACACUGCCAGCUAACUUAUUACUGCCGGUACAUCCCCGUAAGGAUAGAGGGCCCACACCCCCCCCCCCCCAACUUGUUAAUCUCUGCCAAACUUUUUGUUCCUUGGAGACAGAUAAAGACACCAUGAUAGUGCCAUGUUUGCCUAUAGUGUCUUGUGUACAACACAGUAUCCCUGUCCUUGUCAUACCUCAUCACACACAACAUCAGAACAACAUCAGACACACAGUUUCUUAUGUAUUUCAGCCCAGCCCCUCAAACUGGAACCACUAAACACUGGACCAAUGCAUGUUCUCAAAUAGCAGAACUAGACGCAUUCAGUUUUUUUUUGAGACACAUUUGUUUGAUCUUACUUCUAGGUAGCGUCACUGCGGCAUUAAAUCAUAACAUUUGGGUUUACUUACCAGCAAAAGUGUAUGGACAAACCAGUGUUGGUCACUCCACCCCACACUCCACCAAACUCUUCCAGUGUUCAAGCUGCUGACUUAUCUCUGGUUGUCUGGAUCAUAGUCAGGGCUUCAUCCACCUGUUCCAUAGAGAUAGGUACAUAGUAAUUUAUUUGGUGGCAGAACCCCCAUAUCUUGCCAGUAGUAGUGUCACUGUUUCCAUAUACAAUGCUCUGCAUUGAGAAGGUGUCAUUAAAAGCUAACCUAUUUUUGAAUCAGUCACUUCAGCUACUGGUGUUUUACCCUAAUUACUACAGUGUUGGAGCGUAUUUAUGAUGCAGUCUGUAUCAUCACAGUUGGUUGCAGUACUAUACUGAAAGGGCUCAUUUUUUUUCAGAAUACUGGAUUGACUUUUUGUGGUCUUUGUGAAGGAAAAUGCAGAUUUCUCUGUUACUUAUCAAAUGCUGUCAAGAGUGGUUGGCUGAUAACAUUACCUUUUGUUAUGAUUAGUUUAACAGGACACUUCAAGGUCCUGUUCAGUUUCAUUCUGCAAGAGCUGCAGCUACAUCUCUCAGUUGCUCAGCAGGUAACACAUUUACCUUUGAAGCUAUGAAGACCAGAAGACUGAGGUUCUGUUCCUUCCCAAAGUACUUGCAAUUUGUUAUUCCAUAACUGAACCUUUAAUGCAAAAUAAGGGCAGGUGUUUCAUUCCUAAGGUUCCAUCUCUCAAAUGAGGUGUUAAAUUGUGGUCCUGUUUCCCUUAGUUGAUAGGGAUUGGGUAGCUGUGAAUACCUAAAACAGUAGGAAUCCUAGAGAAUAGUACACCAGCAGUCCAAGGAACAAAGCAAAUGGUGUGGAAAACGCACUAUUUUUGGUUUUGUUGUUUGUGGAAUCCUAAGGUCGACUUUUCAUUUAGUUCUUCAUUUAGUUGUGAAUAUCUUUUGAAAAAAAAUAGCUGAUAUAAGGAAUGCAGAAAACACUAUUUUACUUACUUACUUUUUUUUUUCUUGACUGGCAUUACUAAAAUGUAUUUUAUUUGCUCACUGUUUCAACUUUAUUGCUGCCACACUGUGAUAUUUGUAAUUUAUUUUAGAUCAGCUUUUUGUAAUCAUUUCAGUUGUAAAUUAAAGCCACGGAGCUCUUGA